UUUGGGUUAGUUCCAUAUUUUAGCCACGACAAAUUAUGCUGCAAUGAACAUAGUUGUGCUGGUGGCUUUAGUGUGGUGCCAAUACUAGUUUUACUGAAAAAAAUCUUGUAAGAUUGCUGUGCUGAUAUUGACCUUGUGAACAUUCAGCUCCACUAAGUAAAUUGUGCUUAAAGUACCUCAUGUGUUUCAAUUAAAAACUCUAGGUUUCUAGCCAGAUGUCAUGUUAGUUCAGUGAUAUAAAGUUUUUUAUAUUAAAUAUUGUAUUUACUUUGAGAAAUGCCAUAUGUCUAGUGAUAAUGCCAUAGUCACUAAUUACAGAUUUAUUUUUCUUUGCAGAUCCUUUCCAGUGUUCAGUUAUGGGUGUGAGAGGUUUGCAGGGAUUUGUUGGAAGUACCUGCCCACAUAUAUGUACAGUAGUAAAUUUCAGAGAGCUGGCAGAGCACCAUCGAAGCACAUACCCAGAAUGUACUCCUACCAUUGUGGUGGAUGCCAUGUGUUGUCUCCGAUAUUGGUAUACUCCGGAAUCUUGGAUCUGUGGUGGCCAAUGGAGAGAAUACUUUUCUACUUUGCGUAAUUUUGUUCAAACCUUUACAGAUGUUGGUAUUAAGUUGGUAUUCUUCUUUGAUGGUAUGGUAGAGAAGGAUAAGAGAGAAGAGUGGGUGAAGAGGAGACUUAAGAACAACAGAGAGAUAUCCAGAAUUUUCCAGCAUAUCAAGUCACACAAGGAGCAGCCAGGCAGAAACAUGUUUUUUAUUCCUUCUGGGCUUGCUAUAUUUACACGGUUUGCUUUGAAGACCCUAGGUCAGGAAACUUUGUGUUCUUUACAGGAGGCAGAUUAUGAGGUGGCUUCCUAUGGUCACCAGCACAACUGUCUUGGGAUUCUUGGGGAAGACACUGAUUACUUGAUUUAUGACACUUGUCCAUACUUUUCAAUUAGUGAGCUCUGCUUAGAGAGUCUUAACACGGUCAUGCUUUGCCGAGAGAAGCUCUGUGAAAGUUUGGGCCUCCAGGUAGCAGACCUUCCUUUGCUGGCAUGCUUACUUGGCAAUGAUGUUGUUCCAGAGAGCAUGUUUGAGACUUUUCGGUACAAGUGCUUGUCUUUCUACACUUCUGUGAAAGAGAACUUUGACAAAAAAGGCAGUGUUAUCUUAGCUGUGUCAGACCACAUAUCUAAGGUUCUUUACUUGUAUCAAGGUGAGAAAAAAUUGGAAGAGAUGUUACCAUUGGGAUCAAACAAAGCUCUCUUUUACAAAGGAGUGGCAUCAUAUCUUUUGCCAGGACAGAAAUCGCCAUGGCUUUUCCAAAGACCCAAAGGUGUAAUAAUGGAAAAGCAAGUAAUACUCAUAAAUUCAGAAUCCGAAUCCAAGCAAGAGGUUCCCAUAUGUGCAGAGCCUGAUUCCAAGCAAGAGGUUCCUGUAUGUGCAGAUCCUGAUUCCAGGCACGAAGUUCCCAUGUGUACAGAUCCCGAUUCCAAGCAAAAAGACCUCAUGUAUACAGAUCCUGAUUCCAAGCAGGAAGUUCCCAUGUGUAUAUCUGAAAUCAAGCACAAAUUACCUGUGGGAACAGAUUCUGAAUCGGAUCCAGAAGCACCUAUGUGUAUAUACCCUGAAAUUAAAGAAGAAGACCUUAUGAAUACAGAGGCUGAAAUAAAGCAAGAAGUAACCAUGGUUUCAAACCAUGAAAUUUUAAAGAUUGCUAGGAUGCAUCAUGUACAUGCGGAAAGCUACCUGGUAUACAAUAUCAUGAGUAGUGGAGAGAUUGAGUGCAGCAACACCCUGGAGGAUGAGCUGGACCAAGCUCUGCCUAGCCAGGCCUUCAUCUACCGUCCCGUCCGGCAACGGGUAUACUCACUCUUACUGGGAGACUCUAAAGAUGGAUCUAGCACUGACCCAGUUGUCAAAGAGUGGUUUGUCUACCCUGGGAAUCCGCUGAAGCACCCAGACCUUGUCAGGCCUCUGCCAAUGACUAUUCCAGGGGGAACACCUACUUUGGAAGUUUUGUGGCUGAAUCUAGAACCAGCAGCACAGGACAAGCGCCUGGACACACUGCUAGCUUGCUUCAACCUCUCUUCCUCAAGAGAAGAACUGCAGACAGUUGAAAGCCCAUUGAGAGCUCUGUGCUGCCUCCUGAUCUACCUCUUUGUCCAGGUAGACACACUUUGUCUGGAGGAUUUGCAUGCAUUUAUUGCUCAGGCCUUGUGCCUCCAAGGAAAAUCAACUGCCCAGCUUGCAAAUUUACAGCUAGAUUACAUCAGUCCCAGAGCUGUACAGCUUGGAUCCCUCUUUAUCCGUGGCCUCACCACCCUGGUGCUGGUCAACAGUGCAUGUGGCUUUCCCUGGACAAUGAGUGAGUUCUUGCCUUGGAACGUGUUUGAUGGCAAGCUUUUUCAUCUGAAGUACUUACAGUCUGAAAAGGGAUAUUCUGUGGAGGUUCUUUUGGAACAAAAUAGAUCUUGGCUCACCAGAUUCCAAAACCUGAAAGCAGUGAUCUGCAAAGUUUGUGGAAAGGAGAACCGACGCAUUGUGGGCAAAUCACACUGGACCUCUCACCACACAGGGAGAUGGGGGAGACAGGGCUCCAGUUCCCACAGAACAAGCCCCACAUACAGCCAUUCCAGACAAGGACAGCCAUGGAGAGACCAAGGAAGCAAACCUUACGAGCAUGACCAUUGGAGAAGGUACUAGGCCUCAUCCAGGUAAGCUCCUCCCUCGCCUGCAUCUUUGGAAGAAUUGGUGAAAGCUCUGCCUUCAUAGCUGAAUCUUCUACACUGAGUUCUGGGAGUUUGCAGAGUUUACUUGGUGCUUUCUUUGCUGGGAUAGCCACCUUUAGUGCAAGACAUCGUUGCUUCCUCUAGAAAGAAUACAGAGAGAAGAAGAAGGCGGUCAGCUUUGAGAUUUCCUCUGACCAUGUCCUCCUGCAGAGCAGUCCUCAAGAGAGAUGCUUUCCCAGCCUCAUCCACAGAGACAGAGCAACUGGGACCAGACACACUUGAAAAAGAAGGAAAAAUGCUCUUUUCGUUAUUUAAAAAAAAAAAAGCAUUUGAUGAGUUAUUUUCACAGACUAUGCUUGAUUCCAUGCCCCAAAGCAGUGGUUGCUAUAGGAUCAUGUAUGCUAUCUCUGUCUUUGCUUCCAGUACAUAAUACAUUGUUGAUGUUUUUCUUUAAAAAAAUAAAUUGGAAUUUAACUGUA